CCCAAGAGAAGAAGGAGGGUUUGGUGUUUAGUUAGCAGUGAUGGCGUCGUACUGGAGGAUGUUGGUGUUAUUGAUCUCUUCGGUGUUGGUGUGUGUUUCGGCGGAGACGCGACCGUUCGGCACGGAAAAUGUGAUUAACGUGACCGCAUUUAGUGAAAAUGAGGAGUCGACCUACAACGUGCAGAUAAGCUUAAACGUCAGCCUGGUGGACAAUAAAACUACCGUCAACGGGGUUCCACUCAAGCCGUCCGAGGUGAUGAGGAUGCCCUGCCAGGCUUUGCUGUUGGACGAUGGUAACGUGAGCCUGAGUGACGAUGCUGGGAUGUUGAUCAGCAGCGUGCUGAGGCUGAUGCUGGAUCACUCGUAUAUGCAGAGCGAAGCAGGAGACGAAGUGCUGCUGCUGACUCUGGGUCAGGAGAUGAUCCAGCUGGGUGAAGAGAAGGUCUGGCAGCCCGACGUGUGGGAAGUGAAAAUGCUCCUGAACCAGACCUCCUCCGAGGUCACCCAGGAACACAACAUCUACCCAGCGAGAUCCAGCAAGAUUGUCGCCAUGCCGCGAGAAAACGACAUCAUCAUGAGUGAAGAGUACAUCGCCAAAACAGUUGAGGACCCGGUCCUUCACACGACCAGCCACUACCCGCUGAGGCAGGCGGAAACCACGCAGGAGGAGACGGCCGCUCCGGGGAAGCUUCCAGAGACGCCACUGCGCAUGGAACCCAACAUGAUGUACGAGGACGCACCCGAGGACAACGUCAAUACCGACGAUCUGCUCUCGGAAGUCCCUCUCCGCCAGUCGCCCUCGUCUUAUAAUGUGGUGUGUCGGUGGGUGGAGGAGCUCAGGGACCGGCUGAGACGCUUCUGCUCCGAGUCUCUGCCUCUGUUCUUCCUCAUCAUGUGGGUGGUGGUCGUCGGCGUCGUCGGCUCUGCGGUUAUCAUCAAGAUCCUCGACCUCUUGUUUCCUACAUGUGAACACAAGGCUUUUUUCCAGCUGAACCCUGAGACCUUGAUGCCGGAGGAGGAGAAGCAGAGUCUGAUCGAGAACGUGGAGCUGGAGGUGGAAGAGCCAGAGAAAAGCCCUGAAAAGGGAGAGCUGUACUGAUUUCUUUCUUUUUUUUUUUUGUCCCCUCCUAUCCCUCGUUACCUGCUUUUGUGGUUUCUGUGAGUGUUUCCCUUUCCGAAUGUAGCACUUUACGAGUCUCGGAUCGCUCCAUUUUCUUUAUCCUAAAGAGUGAGCGAUGUUUCUGUUUCAGAGGCUUUGUCCGAAUUUAAUAUUAACUAUUUACUAUUUUUUUGUUUGGGUUUUUCCAAGUUAUUGCUGUCGCAUCGUGUGUCUAUGGGGAAAAAAAAUAAAUCCUGUUGUGUAUGAUAUAUGAUAUUUAUGCACUUGUCACAUUAAGAUGUGAACGUGGAAUGAGACAUGAUAAAGUUUCGGGACCAAGCCGUGUGGUAUACAAGGUCUGUGUUUAUAAUCGGUGUAUAGAGCUGAAGCGGAGGAAACAAUUUCCAAGAAGAAGAAGACAGAAUGAAGUUUGCAAAUGAAGGGGGAACAAGCCACAUUUUAGUGCACCUUUUGUGAAACUGGAGAUUGAUUCACUUUUUUUUUUUUUUCUUCCACCCUGUGGACGUUAUACGGUCGUGGUAAAAUGUUCGUUGUAAAAAUCGACCCACGUUGGCAUGCACCUGCUCUCAGACUACAAUCAAUCAUGAAUUAAGGUCGUGAUUAAGCACAGCUGAAUAUGAAAUGUUUUUUUAUUUAAUCUCGUCAGAAGCAUGUGAUCUGAAACAGUGAACAGUGCUUACACUAUGUUUUUAUUUCAUUCUGUAUUUCAUGCCAUGCUUUUCUUCAGAUUUAUUAAACGGUUUAAAUAUAUCUCGCAUCACUGGUGACGAGGGUGAAAACAGACCAUGACCAUUUAUGGUCUAAUUCUCAAAUCUGAUUGGUCCUGAAGUGUUGAUUAAUUUUCUGUUGAUAAGUUUGACAGCAGCAUUAUAUCUCUGUGAAAUGAGUCUGCCUUUGAGAGAGAAAGAGAGGAGUGACGUUUGUGUAUAAAGAUGUAAAAUCAUUACUGUAGAAAUAAAACGGGCUGUUAGUGAAAAAUAA